UGGUGCGUACCAUUAUGUCAGUUCGCAAUAGGUGCAUCUCCACAAGAUCAAACGUGGUUUCACUUACUUUGCAUUAAGAAAAUCUGAAAUUGUAAAUGUGUACUAAAGCAGUGGAUAUGCCUGCCGCAAUGUAUGGGAUCUACUUGAUUGCAGCCGAUUAAUUACCCUUAACACUACAUUCGUUUCUGUGGAUCCCUUUCUGAAGGGAGUGACUUGAUCCAUCUCCACUGCUGCUUUUUACCAGGACUCCUUUUACACAGGGUAUCAGUGGCACUUCUAAUAUGGACCCAGGCUGGAGAUUGCGAUUACUAGAUACGAUUGAACGCUCUUAACUCACUAGGAAUGGGAAGAAAAUAAGACGAACCGAACACACUUAUCAGGUAGAGGCAGCCCAGCAGAGCCAUGCCGUUGGUGAAGCGCAGCAUCGAGCCGCGGCACCUGUGCCACACGGUGCUGCCCAGGAACAUCAAGAACGAGCUGGAGUGUGUCACCAACAUCUCCCUGGCCAACGUCAUCCGCCAGCUGAGCAGCCUCAGUAAGUAUGCGGAGGACCUGUUUGGGGAGCUGUUCAACGAGGCCCACACCUUCUCCUUCCGGGUCAACUCCCUGCAGGAGCGUGUGGACCGCCUCUCCAUCAGCGUCACCCAGCUGGACCCCAAGGAGGAGGAACGGAUGACGGGAAAGAGGGUCUGAAGUUCUACACCAACCCCUCCUACUUCUUCGACCUGUGGCGGGAGAAGAUGCUGCAGGACACGGAGGACAAGAGAAAGGAGAGGAGGAAACAGAAGCAGGAAACACCGUAUCAGGUGUGUCCAGAGGGCUUCUCACGAUCACCCUCCAAAUCGCCUCAUCCCCACUUCUUAAACCCCCCCGAGUUGCAGGACUCCCGCAUGUAUGACCAGGUCUAUAGGUACUUAGACCUUCCAGGGCAGGUCAAAGCCAUCGAACGUGGCCAGGAGUCGGAGAAGGUACCGCGGGCGCCACACGACCGCAAGAAGGAGUGGCAGAAGCUGGCACUGGGGGCGGAGCUUGUCCAGGAGGAGGCCGAGGAGAAGCAACACAGGGAGGCCAACGGCUCCAUGGCAGCCUACCAUGACAACAGGGCCCCGAUGUACAUGGACAACAUGGACGGGCCCUUCUCGCUGGCCGCCCUGCCCUACAGCCAGAUGAACGAGCUGCUGAACCAGACGGGCGACCGCGUGUACUCGCGACCCCACGACCCCCCGCCGCCGCCCCCUGCCAUGCACGCACUGGGCGAGAUCCUGCCGCCGUCCAUGCUCAGCUCCAGUUCAGGUUAUUCCGACAGCAGACCUCAGUCUCCUGCCCGGACGGCGGGCCUCAACUCCCUCACCCCGCCCCCGCCCCCUCCGCUUCCCCCCCCGCCUCCCCCCCUGCCCUCCUCCGGGGCGGGCCCGCGGGGCACCCCUCCCCCGGCCGUCCCCCCGCUGCCCCUCCAGCAGCAGCACCACCACCACCACCACCAUCACCAGCAGCAGCCGCCGGCCAUCCCGCCCGCGCCCGCCCCGCUGCAGAUCUCCGCGGGGGUGCUGCACCCGGCGCCGCCCCCCGUGGCCCCGCCCCUCCACUCCUCCUCCCCGGCCCGCCUCCAGCAGGUCCUGGACAAGGGCCCCCCGCCGCCGCCGGGCUCCUCCACCUUCGGCCAGCCGGACGGCGCCGCCCUGCCGCCGCCGCCGCCCCCGCCCCCGCCCCUGCCCUUCCACGGGGGGAGGGGCUCCCCGUGUCCGCCGGGCCCGCCCCCCAUCCCGGCCUUCCCCUCGGCGGGGGCCAUGGCCUCGCCCCACACCAGCGGCCACGACGGGGGCCACGGCAAGAGGCACCAGCCCACCAACCUGCCGCCCAUCAGCGACGCCCGCAGCGUCCUGCUGGAGGCCAUCCGCAAAGGCAUCCAGCUGCGGAAGGUGGAGGAGCAGCGGGAGCAGGAGGCCAAGCACAAGAGGGUGGGCAACGACGUGGCCACCAUCUUGUCGCGGCGCAUCGCCGUCGAGUACUCGGACUCGGAGGACGAGUCGGAGUUCGACGAGGGGGACUGGAUGGAGUGAGGAGGAGGAGGAGGAGAGGGGGACUGGAUGGAGUGAGGAGGAGGAGGAGGAGGAAGAGGAGGAGGAGGAGAGGCGUCGGAAAGGAGCAGGGAAACAGAGUUGUGCGAUCAGAAACCAAUCCCAGGAAGAGACCUCUGCCUUUCCAUUUACGGAAUUCCUCAUUUUUUUGGUCUUUCCACAUCU